UUCAAAGGUGACAGCACUUCUGAAGACAGUUACAGGCAGAAGAGAUCAGAAUCAGCAGUGCCCAGCUGUGUGUCCAUGAGAAGUGACACAGCAAACCAUCUGCCAUCGUCUGUUAAAUGUACCCGCAAUUAUAAACACAGGUUAAUAAGGCAGGAAAGAACGGACCUAAGCAGUGCUGUGUCCAUAAAUGAGUAUGAUUCCCAGGAAUCUAUAUAUACACAGUGCAGAAUUCAACUCCAAAUGAAACUGACGAAAAAAUUUCAGUUUUUACAUGAAGGAACCGAACAACAAGGAAGACCAACACUCCUAAAUGAGAUCUAUACUGAGCUCUACAUCACAGAUGCUAAAGAGAUCAUUGAAGAAUGUGAGAUCAGACAGAUUGAAACAGCAGCUAUGAAAGCAGUGACAGAGGAUAGACCAAUCAACUGCAAUGAUAUUUUCACACGGUUACCUGGACAAAACCAGCCCAUUAGAACUGUGCUGACUAAAGGAUUCGCUGGCAUUGGAAAAACAGUCUCUGUUCAGAAGUUCAUUCUGGACUGGGCCGAAAGGAAAGCAAAUCUGGACAUCCACUUCAUAUUUCCACUUCCUUUCAGAGAGCUCAAUUUGAUAAAUGACAAAAAGCUCAGUCUUUUAGAUCUUCUCCAAGUUUUUUUCCCUGAAACUAAGGAAAUGGACAUUUUCAGUGAUAAAUAUAAAGUGUUGUUCAUCUUUGAUGGUCUAGACGAGUGCCGUUUUCCCUUAAAUUUUCCCAGCAAUGAGAUUCUACAGAACGCAACCAAAGAGACAUCAGUAGACGUGCUGCUGACAAACCUGAUUGCGGGGAAUCUGCUUCCCUCUGCUCUCAUCUGGAUCACCUCCAGACCAGCAGCAGCUGAUCUCAUUCCCUCCAAGUGUGUCCAUCGAAUGACAGAGGUACGAGGCUUCAAUGACCCUCAGAAGGUGCAAUACUUUAGAAAGAGAAUCAGUGAUCAGAGUCUGGCCGACAGAAUCAUCUCACACCUGAAGUCAUCAAGGAGCCUCUACAUCAUGUGUCACAUCCCAGUGUUCUGCUGGAUCUCAGCCACUGUUCUAGAGAAGAUGUUGAGUCAAGCAGAGAGUGGAGAGAUUCCCAAGACUCUCACUCAAAUGUACACACACUUCCUGAUCAUUCAGACCAACAUCAAACAUGAGAAGGACUAUGAGAAGAACGUGACGGAUGAAGACAUGAUCCUCAAACUGGGGAAAGUGGCUUUUCAGCAGCUUGUGAAAGGCAAUGUGAUCUUCUAUGAGGAAGACCUGAGAGAGUGUGGCAUUGAUGUGACAGAAGCAUCAGUGUACUCAGGAUUGUGCACUCAGAUCUUCAGAGAGGAGUUUGGGCUGCAUUUGGGGAAAAUCUACUGCUUUGUUCACCUCAGCAUUCAGGAACAUCUGGCUGCUAUGUAUGUGCAUCACACCUUCACAACACAGAAAAUUAAUAAAAUUAAUGUGUUACACCAACUAACUGAACCAUCUCAAGAAGCAACAUAUACACAGAUUCCAAUAUUUGACCUGCAUCAGAAAGCUGUUGAUGAGACCUUACAAAAUAAAAAUAGCCACCUGGGCCUUUUUCUUCGCUUCCUUCUGGGCUUCUCACUUUAUUCCAAUCAGACUCUUUUAAAAGUUCUUCUGUCACAGACAGAAACCAGGUACCACAAUUUAGAGAAAACAGUCAAAUACAUCAAGAAGAAGAUAGAGGAACAUCCCACUCCAGAGAAAUUCAUCAGUCUGUUCCACUGCCUUAAUGAUCUGGGUGACAGUUCACUAGUGGAACAAAUUCAGCGUUAUCUCAAUCAAAGAGCUCUUACCACAGCCAAAUUAACCCCUUUACAGUGGUCAGCUGUCGUGUUUGCUCUUCUGACUUCAGAGAACUUGGAUGUGUUUGAAUUGAAGGCAUAUGCCUGGAAAACCAACUGUGCACAAAUGGUGCGAGUUCUUUGGCAUCUUGUGCCUGUGGUUAAAGCAUCCAGAUCAGUUCGGAUGAAUGGUUGUGGUGUCACAGAUGAAGGUUGUGCUGCUCUGGCUUCAGCUCUCAUAUCAAACCCCUCACACCUGAGAGAACUGGAUUUGUCAUUUAAUAAACUAGGAGGCAGAGGAGUACAGUGUCUGUCUGAUGGACUAAAGAAUGCUCUUUGUAAAGUAGAGAAACUGAAGCUGCAUGAUUGUGGAAUCACAGAUGAAGGUUGUGCUGCUCUGGCUUCAGCUCUCAGAUCAAACCCCUCACACCUGAGAGAACUUGAUCUGUCUCAUAAUAAUAUAGGAGAUUCAGGAAGAAGGCUGUUCUCUCUUGCUCUAGACAAUCCUCACUGUAAACUGGAAUUACUUAGGCUGAUAGACUGUGGUCUCACAGAUGAAGAUUGUGCUGAUCUUGCUUUAGCUCUGAGUUCAGACAACUCAUGUUUGAGAGAGCUGAAUUUAUCAGAAAAUAAAUUUGGAGACUCUGGAAUUAAACACCUCUGUUCUAAAAUUAAGAAUCCUCACUCCAAACUGGAAGCACUUUGGUUGAUUGGUUGUGGUGUAACAAAUGAAGGCUGUGCUGCUCUGGCUUCAGCUCUGGCAUCAAACACCUCACACCUGAGAGAACUGGACCUGUCACAGAAUAGCCUAAAUGAUUUAGAAAUGAUAAUGCUCUCUGCUGGACUGAAGAAUCCUUCAUGCAAACUGGAGAAAUUAAAAUUGGUGAGCUGUAGUUGCACAGAUGAAGGCUGUGCUGCUCUGGUAUCAGCUCUGAGAUCAAACCCCUCACAUCUGAGAGAACUGGAUCUGUCAAAGAAUAACCUAAGUUACUUAGAUAUGAUGCUGCUCUCUGCUGCAAUGGAAAAUCCUUACUGGAAACUGGAAACAUUGAAAUUAAAAGAUUGUGGUAUCACAGAGGAAGGUUGUGCAGCUCUUGCCUCAGCUCUGAGAUCAAACCCCUCACACCUGAUAGAGCUGGAUCUGUCUGGAAAUAAAGUAGGAGACUUUGGAGUACAGAUGCUCUCUGCUGCACUGGAGAUCCCUUACUGUAAACUUGGAACACUUGAGUUGGUGAGUUGUGAUAUUACAGAUAACGGCUGUGUUGCACUAGUAUCAGCUCUGAGAUCAAACCCCUCGCACUUUAGAAACCUGGAUCUGUCUGGGAAUAAACUUGGAAAUUUAGGAAUAAAGCUACUCUCCGAUGCACUGGAGAAUCCUUACUGUAAACUGGAGACACUGAAAUUGAAUGACUGUGAUCUCACAGAUGAAGAUUGUGUUUCACUGGCCUAUCCUCUGAUAUUAAACUUCUCAAAUUUGAGAGAGCUGGAUCUGUCUGAAAAUAAACUAGGAGAUUCUGGAGUCAAGCUUCUUUUUGCUGGACCAGAGAGUCAUCUAUCUAAACUUGCAACAUUUAAGUUGGUGAAUUGUGGUGUCACAGAUGAAGGUUAUGCUGCUCUGGCUUCAGCUCUGACAUCAGACCCCUCACACCUGAGAGAACUGGAUCUGUCUGGGAAUAAAGUAGAAGAUUCAGGAGUACAGAUGCUCUCUAGUGGACUGGAGAAUUAUUACUGCCAACUGGAAACACUGAGGCUGAUGAGUUGUGGUAUCACAGAUGAAGGUUGUGCAGCUCUUUCUUCAGCUUUGACAUCAAACCCCACACACCUGAGACGGCUGGAUCUGUCUAAAAAUAAACUAUCAGACUCAGGAAUGAACCUGCUCUCUACUGGACUGAGCAAUCCUCAUUGUAAACUGGAGAUGCUUGGGCUGCAUGAUUGUGAUGUCACAGGUGAAGGUUGUGCUGCUCUGGCUUCAGCUCUCAGAUCAAACCCCUCAUAUCUUAGAGAACUGGAUCUGUCUGAUAAUAAACUAGGAGAUUUAGGAGUGAAGCUUCUAAAUACUGGACUGGAUGACUGUAAACUGGAGAUACUUAAGUUGAAACAUUGUGGUUUCACAUAUGAAGGAUGUGCUGCUCUGGCUGCUCUUCUUGGAUCAGAUCAAUCAUAUCUGAAAUAUGUGGAUCUGUCUGUUAAUAUACUUGAGGAUCUAGGAGUGCAGCUGCUUUCUGCUGUGUUUUACUAAGCAUUUUUAUGUAAAGUGGAAAUAUUCAGAAGAAAUGAUGAUUGGACCAUAGAAACUGCAGUGUCUCUCAUUUUGCUGCUUUUCAAAUUUAGUCAUAUAGUGUUUUGAUGCCCCUACUGAAGUCACGUGGAAGAGUGACUGUUCAGAGGACACAAUGGACUAAAUGUAAAUCACGUACCAGCAAAGGGCAACAUACAUUUCAUAAAAACAAACACUUAUAGUGAUUUGAGAAUCAUCUGAGCAGUUAUCCAUCUUUACCAGUGGUGAAGCCGUAAAUCUGCAAAUGAGUGGACCUGGCUAAAAUAGUUUGGACCUCUAUUCUGUGUACAGCUAUAUGUCAUCAACAUCUCUAAAAGCUUGGCCUUUAAA